AUGUCUAACACCGUCCGCAUCCCAGACGCCCCCCCUCCAGGCUGGCACUCGAUCCGACCAUGGAUUCCACGCCUGUCGCUAUACGUACACGAAAUCACCUCUGUGUCUGUUACUUUCAUACUCAGCUGCCGGAGCCAUAUACCCGACUCGCCUUCGAUCGAGGAAGAACUUGGCGAGAAGCUGGCAGAUAUGAAGCAUAAAAUAUCCGACGUGCUUGGGAAAGGGCUGGCGGUCAAGGUGAACAAUGCACCAUGGCAGCGAGUGGUCAUGCAUGUGGACGAAGAGUCGGACGAGGAGGCAGUAGUGAUAUUAUAUGGACUGAUGCCGUCGAAACAUUAUGAGAUCGAGCUAAGCGUGGUAGCUGGAGAAAGUAUCAAGGGGAACCUGACAACCGAGGAUGAACUCAACGACUUUGACGAAUCCACACGCGCACCUCCAGCCGUCACCCAACUCAAUACAACUCAUCAGACUCAAACCGUCACACCGGCGGACACACCUCCGUCCUCCCCGAGUACCACCGGUUCAUCAUCCCCCCAGCCUCGACAGAUUACAGUCGAAGAACGGGCGAGUCAGCUCCGGCAUAUGCACACUAUGCUAACUCAAGAACACGACCAAUUGACAGCGCAGUUGAAAACUGCACGACGGGACGCCCAAAGAGCGGAUGCGGCCUUGCGCUCAGAGAUUGAGGCGCUCAAACGGGCAAUGGAGAAGAAUGCAGCGGGCGAGCAGAGGACUAAGCAGAAGAUACUGGCACUGCAGGAAUCGGUUAAACAGGCGCUCGCGGCUGCCGUAGAUGCGGACAACGAAGUCAAGGAGCUGGAAAGAGCCUUGCCCGGGCUUGAAGCACAGCGGGACGAAGCAGAGAAGGAACACACGAGAGCAAGCGAGGCUGCCGAUCGGUCUACAACGGAAGCCAAAGCGGCGCUGGAACAGGAUCGAAAGCGGACAGCCGAGGUGGAGGUGGAGCUGACGGCGCUAACGGCAAAAGUGGAAAAAAUGACGGCGAAGAGGGACAAACUGGCAACGGAGAAUAUACCGGAACUCGAACGGGAGUUGUCGUCGAUCAGGGCCGAGAUCGAGGAGAUUGAAAGAGAAAAGGAGCGGGAGCGCGAGUUCAACCACGAGAUCGACUAUCCACACCACUAUGCGCCCCAGCAACUGAUGUCACGAAUCAAUGUUGCUGCCCCGCCAUUUGUCCCCCGAAACGGAGUCGGGCACUCGCGUGGCGCAGCGAGUGUGCCUGCUGUGCAAACUGGACCGAUGGUGAAGCCUCAUACGCACACGGCUAGCGAGGGAUUUUUACGAGGAUAUCCACCUCUUGGACCAGCUAUUGAUAUUCCGUCUCAACGACCGAGCGGUGCCCAGCCAUCUCCGACCGCUACCGAGAAUCGAGCCAUUGGACCGACGGGAACCACGUCCAGGAAAGGAUCGCUGCCUCCUGGAGCGGAACGAGGUCCAGCUUGGGGGAACGUGUGA